AACUGACGUCACUUCCGCUAGAACAGUAAUUGUCCCAGUCGAGUUGCCGUAGCAUUUCCGCUAUAGAGCCAGUUAAGUUGGCUGAUGUUGUUGACCACACUAUAAGUCGUGAAAGGUAUUGCUGUCAAACGAGGAGACAUGGAACAUCCAGCUUGUGUUUCGGAGGAAUUGAAGCAAUUUGUUGUACAUGGUGCUCCAUCUACAGUGUAUUACAUCCCAAAUUUCAUAUCUGAAGACGAGGAGUCUUACCUCCUGCAGCAGAUCUAUAAGUCACCUAUACCUAAAUGGACCCAGUUGUCUGGCAGAAGGCUUCAGAACUGGGGAGGUUUGCCACAUCCCAAAGGCAUGUUGGAGGAAAGGAUCCCUUCCUGGCUUUAUGGAUAUUGUGAGAAAGUUUCUUGUUAUGGUGCAUUCAAUGGGAAAACAGCCAACCAUGUGUUGGUGAAUGAGUACAAACGGGGAGAAGGGAUUAUGCCACAUGAAGAUGGUCCCCUGUACCACCCGACAGUCACCACUAUCAAUCUUGGCUCUCACACCCUACUGGAUUUCUACAAACCCAUCCAUCAGCUGGAAGGCAACGCCAUACUGGCAGAGGAGAAUCGGUAUCUUUUCUCACUGCUCUUGAAGCCACGUAGCCUUUUGAUACUCCAGGAUGACAUGUACCAGAACUUUCUCCAUGGCAUUCAGGCCAGCGAGCAGGACACUCUGACAGACAAGGUGCUUAACCUAACAGCCGCUGGAGCCAAGCCAGGAGAGAUGCUGACCAGAGGAACCAGAAUAUCCUUAACCAUUCGAUAUGUUCCCAAAGUAUUGAAGACAAAGCUUAUUCUAGGAAGAAGAUGAAGACAGAAGUUCCCCACGUUGACACAGUUAUUCCAUUAAACAAUAGAAAAUUGUUGAUUAGGUGAUAAUGUCAAUAUUAAAAUCUCAAGUCAGUGGAUCAACAUUUUUUAAUUUGAAUGUUUGCUUUCUCUGUGCUAACAUAGCAGAUACCUCGGCAUUUGGAACCCAAUAUCCUUAAAAAUAAAGCGCUAGCAUAUGUUACCUCUGCCAACAAUACAGGAAAAUAUGCAGGAGGCUGUAUUUGAAUGUUACCAAAGCAACUUAAAACGUUCUCUUGACUGACAUUUUACAGUACUUGUCAGAAACAAAUUGUUCACUCUAUUGAAGGGAAUCCAUUGUCUAAUAAAAGCUCAACGAGACUCACUGUCUUAGAUUUAUAUAACAGUGUGAUUGAUUGAAGCAAAUAGGCGAACAUUUGAUCUCAAGUUCCUGUUUACUCCCCUUUUGGCUUGGUUUUCAUGGCAAUAAUAGCAGACAUUGUACACAUAAAAAAAUAUACAGUAUUUUUGACAUAAUGACUUAAUAUAAUCAGCCUGACAUUUGCACAACUUUGAUUUAAAAAAAACAACACUUUUUUAAUUAGGACUACAGCUAAUUAUUAUUGUAACCGAUGAUUAAUCGCUCAAUUAUUUUUUUGAUUUAUCCGAUUUUUGGCCUCCAUUCAGAAAUAGAAGAUUUGAACUGACACAGAGAGAAGAUAAGUGCACAAACACCAGGUUUCCGCUUGAAUAUUAUGUUAAAAUAAUGUUAAAUAAUUACAAAAAAUUAAAUGCUGGGAUAGCCUCCAGCCCCCCCGCGACGCUCGUCAGGAUAAGCGGUAGAAAAUAAAUGUUUUUUCAAGUCGCUUCAGUAAAACAAUAAACCUACACUAAAAUCCAAUCAUGAUCAUUUUCUUGAUUAAUCUGAAGCUGCUUGUUUCAAUUCAUGGAGUAAUCGGUUAAGCCAUAGAUGGACCACACAUACAACAGGAGUAUGAUUUAUUUCCUAGUCACUACAGCUGCUGUGUAAACAAAGUAACUAU